AUUUGAAAAGGGACGGAUCUAUACUUACAUUGGGGAAGUGGUGGUUUCUGUAAACCCUUACAAGAACUUAAACAUCUACGGCCGGGACCAGAUUGAACAGUACAAAGGUCGGGAGCUGUAUGAGAGACCCCCUCAUCUCUUUGCCAUUGCGGAUGCUGCGUAUAAAGCCAUGAAGAGACGAUCAAAGGACACGUGCAUCGUAAUAUCGGGAGAGAGCGGGGCGGGAAAAACAGAAGCAAGUAAAUACAUCAUGCAGUACAUAGCUGCCAUUACCAACCCAAGCCAGAGAGCUGAGGUCGAAAGGGUGAAGAACAUGCUGCUAAAAUCCAACUGCAUUCUGGAGGCCUUUGGCAACGCCAAAACCAACCGCAAUGACAACUCCAGCCGGUUUGGAAAGUAUAUGGAUAUCAACUUUGAUUUCAAAGGGGACCCAAUAGGCGGGCACAUCAAUAACUACUUGCUAGAAAAGUCACGGGUGAUUGUGCAGCAGCCGGGAGAGCGAAGUUUUCACUCCUUUUACCAGCUACUCCAAGGAGGUUCUGAGCAGCUCCUGCGGUCUUUACAUCUUCAUAAGGAUUUGUCUGCAUAUAGCUAUGUCGGUGCCGGAGCCCAACUAAAGUGUUCCAUCAAUGACGGUGCCGACUUCAAAGCUGUUGCCGAUGCCAUGAAAGUGGUUGGGUUCGGACCGGAUGAAGUUCAGACAGUAUACAAAAUCCUGGCUGCCAUUCUUCAUUUGGGCAAUUUGAAGUUUUCUGUGGAUUCGGAUGUGCCAGUGAUUGAAAACAGCAAGCUCGUCUCUGUCAUCGCAGAUCUGCUGUCAACCAAGGCGGACAUGGUAGAGAAGGCCCUGCUUUUUCGAACGGUCGCCACCGGCCGAGACGUCAUCGAUAAGCAGCAUACUGAGCAAGAAGCUACCUACGGCAGAAACGCAUUUGCAAAGGCGAUAUACGAACGUCUCUUCUGCUGGAUCGUGACACACAUCAACGACGUCAUUGAAGUGAAGGACCACAACAGCACGGUUCACGGGAAGAACACGGUCAUCGGUGUCCUGGAUAUUUACGGCUUUGAGAUCUUCGACAAUAACAGUUUCGAGCAGUUCUGCAUUAAUUAUUGCAAUGAGAAGCUGCAGCAGCUCUUCAUUCAGCUGGUUCUAAAGCAAGAGCAGGAAGAGUAUCAGCGCGAGGGGAUUCCAUGGAAGCAC